AUGUCUCGGCUCAUUUAUACAUAUCUCCUGUCACCGUUGGCAUCUAUUCCAAAUGCAGGAAUCCUGGCACCAGUCUCUCGUCUGCUAUGGGAGUUUCCUACCGAGUUCCGAGGAAAUUUGACGCUAAAACUUCCAAAAUUGCACAAAAGGCUCGGACCACUUGUUCGCAUCGGACCAAACCAAGUAUCGUUCUAUUCCCUCGAUAUAUACAAAACGGUGCACGCACCCAACAGCCCGUUUGUAAAAGAUCCCCGAGUGUAUAAUCAAUUUGUGCAGGAUGGUCACCCUGCGUUGUUUUCAAUCACGGAUCCGAAGGAGCAUGCCCAACGUCGACGACACAUGGGGAUCCUGUUCAAUCGCAGCAAGGUUCCCGCAUUGAUGGAAAUGAUGGUAGGAACGAUUGACCGAUUGUCGAAGUAUCUGGCUACCGCUAGUCAGAAGGGGCCUAUUGACCUAAUGCCGACUUGCCGCGCGUUGGAAUCAGAUAUCGUCUCAACCUUCGCGUUCGGAAAUGCAAUCGGGGCUAUAGACUCCCUAGAUGCAGGGAAAGAGCUUGAUGUCAUUAAAGAAAAUGAUGCCAAAUCCUCGAAAAUGCCGGUGUAUACAAACUUCCCAAUGCUCGUUGGCCUGUGGCACUCGCUCGCUGAUUGGAUCUACCAAAUCUCCGGUUGGGAGAUUUCAUCGAUUACUAGCACCCAACGAUUCGAUCGUUGGGCAGAUGAGCAACUUGCAGCCACGAUGGACAGCGAAAAGGCACCGAGCCUAUCUUUCCUCAAAGUAAUGGCAAUCAAUAGAAUGUCCGAGAAAUCCGCCCUCUCUGAAGCAAAAGAGAUGCUGGGUCCUGGCACUGAUACGACCUCUGCCACACUAGCCCAUAUUCUCUACGCGCUUUCACUCAACCAGUCUUUUCAGGCUGAGCUAGUGUCUGGCCUGGAAUCUGCCGGGUGGCCUACUGACAUGACUACACUGGAAUCAAUCCCGACACUCAGAGCCUGCGUUAAGGAGGGAAUCAGAUGGACCGGUGCAGCAGCUGCCAUGCUUCCUAGAAUUGUUCCCAAGGGAGGCUAUGUUAUUGCGGGGAGACAUCUUCCUGGAGGGAUGAUGAUAUCCAGCUCUCCUAUCUGGUAUCUGCGUGACGAGGUUGCUUUUCCGGAUCCAGAGAAGUAUAAGCCCGCUCGGUGGCUUGACAAAGACCCAGAUGGAUCGACUGGUCUUCGCGAUGACUACUAUAUUCCUUUUUCCAAGGGCGCGUCUACUUGCAUUGGCAAUCAUUUUGCAUACUUGGAGCUCUUUCUGGCUGUCUCGCAAUUACUUAAGAAAUAUUGCAUACGACCUGGAGAUCAGUUGGAUGUUGCUGUAAACCACGAAGCUAUUCUUCCUCCACGACGAGAAUGGGUCGCUGCCGUACCCGUUGGUCGGCUAAUGGUGAAACUAGAGGGAAGACAAUAA